AUGAACAUUUGGGACUUGGCCAAGCAAAAACUGUCAGAAAACAAACAAAAAGCGGCCGAGUUGGAGCAGAAGUUGGACGACGAAAAUGGAGCGGCCGCCGACACUAACUAUCGUGAGUUUAUCUCACACUUUUCUGGCUCACAACGUCGUUUUUCAGUAUCAGAAGUGCGUCGCCGUCAUGAAGCCCACAUUAUAAUUGCCGGAAAUCGGAAAAGUGUAAGGGUUUGUGUAGUGACUUUCAUUUCCGUCUCGAAUACAGGGCAAGUCGUCGUUCCAAAUGAAUUUUGUGGAGAGGAAAGAGGAUUUGAAAGAGUCGGUCGGAUUGGAGUACUCGUACGCGAGAAGGACCAGAGGAAAUGUAGGUGUUUCUCGCCAACUAGUCCCAAAAGUGACGGCUACUCAGCUUUCAGGUGAAAGACGUGGCUAAUUUGUGGGAACUCGGAGGCGGACACUCGGUCACUGAGCUCCUUUCCAUUCCGAUCAACGCAAAAACUGUCGAGUGAGCUUUUCCUCUUACCCUUUUUCCAUUUUUCAUCUCUUUUGUAGAAUCUGCUCACUAAUCAUUCUGCUCGACAUGACAAAACUCGACGAAAUGUGGACGACAAUCGAGAAAGUGACCGAGACGGUUCGGAAGAUUAUCGAAACGCUCGGCAGACAGGACGUCAGCCUCCAGUCCAGAUUGACCGAAAAAAUGAAUGUGCGCCUAGAGAAAUACGAUGCGAACAGUCUGAAAAUGUGCACUCCGUGCCUUCUGCCCGUCACGAUUGUGGCCUCGAAAUACGACGAAUUCCAAAAUUUCGAGUCGGAAAAGAGACGGAAUCUGUGCCAGUUUCUCCGCUUUCUGGCCUAUUCGUUCGGUGCCAAUCUGAUGAUGUACUCGUCGAGAAUGGAGCAGUUCCCAAAAUUGGUCAAGAAUAUGACGAGUCAUUUCGCGUUCGGAACAGUCUGUCCGCAAGGCUACAUGACUGAUCACAACAAGCCAAUGUUCGUCAAGUGUGGAUUCGAUAGUUUAGAGGUGAGAUAACUGUAGACUAGCAGGAAAGAUAGAUCCUCAAAAAACAAACAUUUGAGUGUAGUAUAGAUCACUUCUCUCAAAGAUCACGGUCGGAUUGGAGGCAGCGCAGAAGACUAUGGUCUAUGGUCACUGUUCAGAAAUGAGCUUAUAUCUCGAGAACGGAGACAAAUUACAUGAAAUGAUCAACUACAAAGUUGUUAAUCAUAGAAUUUGAAGCAAUUUCACAGUUGAACUCUUUUGAAAACAGCCAUUAGUUCUCGAGAUACCGUUUUUUGAAGUCGGGAAAAUAGAUGUACUGCACUCUUGUCUACUUUUUGACGUCGUUCUAUCUGAUGAUGCGAGUGUCUUAUCUACUGAUUUCCCAAAGUUGUUGAGAACUAAACACAUUUGCAGUCGAUCGGAAUGCCGCCGGGCGCCGAGAACGUCAUGGGCGCCUCGUCUCCGUUCAAUCUCUGGAGAGAAUCGUUCAUUGGCAUUUACCCUCAAAAGGUUCAUUUUUGUCGAUUUACCGUAAUCCUCUCAACUUUUCAGACAAGUGCCCUGGACUCAGAUGAGGUCAAAAAGCAGGAUCCGAUGACGGACGAGACGUUCAAAGAGCCGAACAUUGACAAUCUCGUGGAGAUAAAGAGAAAAGUGAGUGAAUUGAGAAGAGGUCUUUUGAGCGGGCUCAAAUCUUUCAGGAACUCGAAAACCACAUCCGUCAGAAGCGAGAUCGAGAGGCGGCGGAGGCACGGGCGGCCGAUCGCAUUUCCAAAAUCAACUUGCGUUAA